AUGCAAAUUAAUUAUUGCAAAGCGAUAAGCAAGGAGUUAUCGAAGCCGGACACGAGAAGGGCAUUGAAUAUGAGGGUUAUUCAUGUUCCGGAUCAUCGCUGGAUGUUUUUCUGGGAUCUUCUGAAGUGGAUAAAAGAAAAACACCCUAAAAUUUAUGAAUUGUUCAAUAUGGAUGAUCCACCGGAAUCUGUUCAGAUCUUAAGGGAUAUGGGAAUUGAUUUCAAGGAUGGACUUCCACAAUGA